CGCCCCCGCCCCGCGCGCCCCCGCCUCUCCCGGAGCGCCCUGCCCCGCGCCGCCCCGCCUUUCCCCUUCCGCUCUCUCCGCCUCCGGAAGCGCGGGCGCGGGGGGCUGUGGCGGGGGAGGCUCACAGGUUGGGGGUGCGCGAGCGGCUCCUGCCUCUUGCCCGCGGCGCGCCCUCCACGUUCCCUUUCCGUUAGGAUCAUCCGUUUCCGCGCUCCGGAGCCCAGGCGGCGGCGAGUACUCGGGGUGGGUUUAACGAAGCCUGCGCGGGCGGUGGGAGGCCGCGCCCCCACGACAAAGGCGCCCGCGGCGGCGGGUCCCGGUGGGAACGGCAGGUCCCGCCCUCUCACGCGUUCCGGGUGGCGUUGAGGGUCAGGGUCGGCCCCCCGUUGAGAUUAGGCCGCGACCACAUGCCGGGCCCUGAGGACCGCCGCCCACCUCCAGGGACUGGAAACUGACCCGCGAGGCCCGAGGGGCUGUUACUUGUCUUCCGCCUUUCGGCGUCGGGACGGGGUGUGGACGAGAGCCUCGAGUUCCUGGAAACAGAUCUUUUUUUGCCGUCAUGGAUCAGUUUGGAGACGCAUUGGAAGGUGAAGUGGACCAUUCCUUCUUCGACAGUGACUUUGAAGAAUCAAAGGCAUGUGAAAGUCACUCAGUUUAUGACAAGCCAAAUGACAACCCAAGAGAAAGAACAGAUGAAGAUACAAAAAAUGGAAGCUUGAACGCUGGAAUCCAGACAAAGGAAAAUUAUCUUACUGGGAAGGGAAAUGAAAGAAAUGUGACAUUUCCCCCAGAACACCCUGUAGAGAAUGAUGUUACCCAAACUGUAAAUGCUUUCUCAUUGCCAACCUCUUCAAAGUCACGAACAUCGUGUGAUGUUACAACAGGACUUAAAAUACACUUGUCCAUUCCAAAUAGUAUUCCCCAAAUUGUAAACGAAGGUGAAGAUGAUUACUAUACAGGUGGAGAGGAAAGCAGCGACGAUGGGAGGAAAUCCCAUGUGAGGUCCAGGUCUGCGAAACCACCCACUAACGUCAAAAAAGGUGCAAGGAAAAAGUAUUGCGAAAUGCAUUCCUCUUCCUCCUCGUCUUUAUCGUCCUCACCUUCAAGUUCAGGUGCAGAUUGUUUAGAUGCAGGGUCUGAUAGCCAUCUAUCUGAUUCAUCUCCAUCAUCCAAGAGACAUGUAUGUGAUGUAACCCUCCUGUCGCCAAAACAGAAGUGUAAGUCAGGAAUGAAACCGACAGAAACGCAGGCUUCAAGUUCUACAGCAAAAUGUGGCCACUACCCUGAGGAGUCUGAAGACACUGUGACCGACGUGACUCCCUUGUCAACUCCAGACAUCAGCCCUCUUCAGUCUUUUGAACUGGGCAUGGCAAACGAUCAAAAAGUGAAAGUUAAAAAGCAAGAAAAUGUGAGCCAAGAAAUAGAUGAAGAUGUCGAGGAUUUGAAAAAUAAUUCAGAAUAUUUGAAGUCAGCCAAAAAAGGGAAAGAAAAACAGGAGCCUGAUCUCUCAAAGCCCUCUUCAGUGUUAGACUCCAGUUUAGACCACAGACACAAGCAAAAAGUCCUACAUGACACAAUGGAUCUGAAUCAUCUCUUGAAAGCUUUUCUGCAAUUAGAUGAAAAAGGACCACAAAAAUAUCACUUUGAUCAGCCUCCAGUAGCACCUGGAAGAAACUACUCUUUCACAAGAGAAGAGGUAAGACAGAUCGAUCGGGAAAAUCAGAGGCUUUUGAAAGAACUGUCAAGACAGGCAGAAAAACCAGGAAGCAAAAGUACAAUCCCUAGAUCGGCGGAUCAUCCCCCAAGGUUAUAUCACAGCGCUCUCAACAGACAGAAGGAACAGCAGAGGAUCGAGAGGGAAAACUUGGCUUUAUUAAAGAGGCUCGAGGCUGUGAAACCAACAGUUGGCAUGAAACGCUCAGAACAGCUGAUGGAGUAUCAUCGCAAUAUGGGUUACCUCAACUCAUCCCCAUCGUCGAGACGAGCCAGAUCCACUCUUGGCCAAUACAGCCCAUUAAGGGGAGCUUCCAGGACAUCCAGUGCUACCAGUGGUCUCAGUUGCAGGAGUCAGCGAUCAGCUGUUGACACCGCCAGUGGCCACCCUCGAAGAAGAUCUAAACCCCCUAAUGUCCGCACAGCUUGGUUAUAAAACCCUUUUUUACUUUAAACAUUGUUCACACCACUCUUACUGAAGUGCUUGUGCAUGUUACUUUAACUCUGUGUAAACAUCCGUAACACCGUUUUAGCAAUUUAAGGUCAACAGUGAGUGGUAAUUUAUUGUUAUUCAGUGCAAAAUUAUUGUCAAAAAACUGAUUUCAUGUGAAAAGUGUUUCUUGAGGAUAUAUUUAUGUGACGUGUAUGUGCUCUUAAUAGAGAAAUAGUGGUAUGCAUGUGUAUCUUCUAAUUAUAUAAAUUAAGGUGUCAUGCUGACAGAACAGAAGUGAUAGUAUCAUUGCAUGUUGUACCCAAGAUAUUCACUACAUAGUUUUCAAUUUGUGUUAUUUUCAUUUCUUUAUAAGUGUUAUACCAUGAGCUCAGCUCCUAAAUUUGGCUGGCUUUGUUUUUUAUUUGCCUUAGAACUUAUGUGGUAUGACGUAGCUUGAUUUUAUGAGAUUUAAUGCUUAUGAAACAAAUCUUGAAAUUUCUUUUUAUUAGUACAGCUGAUCGAGAUUUGAUGAGCAGAUUGCAAGAUGCUUCUGUUGGACCAAUUCUUGUGAUUCACCAGAGGUGUCUAGUUAUUGUAUAAGUGCACUGAUUUAGAUCUUAAAGGUCUGAUCAACCAUUCCAAACCAUUUCAGAUAUGAACAUCAGAAAGUUCUACUUAGAAGCUCCCCUUUGGUGUUUUUAUACAUUCAGGUUAAGUCCUAUUACUGAUUCUUAGAAAUGAGGUAGGUUUUAGCGCUGCGGUCUUCUAACUCGUGGAUCGUUGAAGAACCACCACGGCUGCAUCAUAAGGAAAACCAAGUAUUUGUUGAAUCACUAAAAUAGCACUGUCAGCACGAACAGCCAAGAAGCAGAUCCUGAGGUGUGUCAGAGGAGCAGUGUUUUAGGUAACAUUGCUAGCAUGUGUGCUGUGAUUUGGUAUUUAUUAUGUUAUUAGAGUAGACUUAGAAAGCCAAUAUUUAUAAGCCUGAAAAAGAAAACGAAAAUUUGAACAAAAAGGGAAAUAAAUCACACAUUUGUUGAGGCUGCUGCUUUAAAUAUUAGCUAAUUUUCUUAUUUUGGUUUAGUUUGAUUUAUUUGAUUAAAUCCUGGAAGUAAUAUUUUUACCAGUCCCACAUUUAAACACCUAACUAAUCUCGAUGGAAUUGGUAACGGCAGAUAGGGUUUAAUAUAGUUGACUUUUCCGUCAAACUUUAGGCUUUCAUGUAACAAAGUAUGAUAUCUCACUGUUACCACCAUUUUUCGCUAGUCGCCUUUUCAGUAUACCUUAAAAUAUAUUGGAAAGGUUUCUUGUUAGAUGACAAAACUCUUUUUUCAGUAUGCGUUUUUGAUCUGUAGCCACUGUAAGAGUUUUAUUUUUCUGUGCUCAGGUUCUGCAGCGUGUGCUCUGAAUGCUUCUUUCCUUAGCACCUUUAGCAGGAAGGUGCCACUGCAUUUUACAAAACACCAAUUCAAAAUGUCUUGGUUUUAGUUCGUAUUAGAUUUUGUUGAGGAUAGGGCAUGUGAACAUGGGAGCGGGGAGGUUAAAAAAAAGAAUUCAUGACCACAACCUGGCUUUAAGGGUCUGCUUCUUUUGUGGGCUAUGAUGUUCACUCAGUGUUAUUUGAUGGCCUGUUCUGGUGAACAACUUAUUCUGCCAGCUGUAUACAUAAGCUUUAGCUGUACUCAACCAAGGCUUUAUUUUCUUUUGUUUUUUAACUUACUGUACUUUUAAUGUUUAUGUAACAACUUAUAUUUCAGGAGAGAGAAGAUAAUGCUGAAUUUUAAAUUCAGCAUUUAACAUCUGUCCAAUAGUGAAUUAAUCAGUUUUUUAAAAUUGAUUUUUAAGUUAUUCCAGGAAAAAACAUAUAUAUGUCAUAUAUAUAUAUAAAAUUUCUUUAUAUAUGUAAAAGAUCACAUAUAUAAAAUCUCUUUAUAUAUAUAAGAUUAUAUAUAAAAAUCUCUUUAUAUAUAAGAUUAUAUAUAAAAAUCUCUAUAUAUAUGAUUAUAUAUAAAAAUCUAUAUGUGAGUAUAUAUAAAAAUCUCUUUAUAUAUGAUUAUAUAUAAAAAUCUCUUUAUAUAUGAGAUUACAUAUAUAAAAUCUCUAUAUGAGAUUAUAUAUAAAAUCUCUAUAUAUAAAAGAUUAUAUAUAAAAUCUCUUCAUAUAUAUAAAAGAUUAUAUAUAUAAAAUCGACAUAUAUAAAAGAUUCUAUUUGUAUAUAAUAUAUAUAUUAGAUAUAUAAUUCCUGUUCAUAAUGGUAUUAGUCUCUGAUUACAUUUGAUAUUAUCUUUGCUGCCACAUGUCAGGAUACAACACAUAAUAAUUUUAUAAAUAAAACUACUUUUAUGUACUAAUUUAACACUUUGGUUUUUACUCCUUUGAAAGGGGAAGUUCAUGGAAGUAUUACUGAUAACUGAUCCAACUGGAAGUAGAAGUUGAAGGGGCAACAGUCUUUUUUAAGCAGAAUUUACAAUUCUGUUGUCAUUGUCACUUACAUAUAAUGCAUAUAAAUAGAUAAAUAGGAGUUGGAAAAUGUGGUAUAUUCUCUAAGUCAAGGUGCUAUGAAGCUGUUACAGUUUAAGGGACAUUCUUAAGAAGGAGUGACUUCUUUAAUCUAUUACUCUUCUCAUUUUCAAGAACAUGAAAAGUCAGGGAUGGUCUAGCACUGUUUUAUAGAUUUGUGACUUGUACUGAAUAUAUGUACUUUGAAGAUUUAUGUCUAUAACUAGAAAGUAUACUAACCCAAUGUCAAGUUAUUAGGCCAGAUUCUUGUUCAGUUAUUUUUAUCUUUGUCAGAAAGUAAUGUUGCCUCCUUUUUAGUACAAUUCUAUGAAAGUUUUUUAACUAUUAAAGUUACUUCGUAAGGGGUAGCUCUUGCACUUCCUCUGCUUUAUUUUCCAGUUUCCAUAAAAAGCCGUUUCUUAGCUACUACUCCAAAUAAAUUUUUUGAUUUGCUUAAAAA